AUGCUAAGAGGGGCUAGUGGAUGGCAAACAUCGUGGCGAUGUGACGUAUACAAGUUCCUGAACCAUCCAGGUCAAAUGUUAUCUGACCCGUACAAGACCUCACGCGGUGGUAAACGAGAUGUGGCGGGCUACAAGAUCCAAUCGAAACGCAGUCUCAGCACGAAUUUUGCUCGAAGAACGACAUCCGUUGGCGAGCUUGAAGCACUUUUUAUCGGUACGGGCUGGUAA